AUGGCUUCCAAGAUUCUCCAAAAAGCCAUACAAUCUGCAGGUGGCCCUCGUAGAUCAGCUCGACAUGCCAGCCAGCGACAAGUCCCGGAUUCGGCCCCACCCCCUGUGGACGAUGGCAACGCAGCACAUUCUUCUGGCAACAACCGAGACAGUCCUGAGCCCAACAGCAGGCCACCUCGAAAUGCGAAGACUGUCGCUCAGUCUAAGACCUCUGAGAGUCUCUUGAGUCAGCGGAAACCUCGUAAACGCACCAAGUCGGCUGUCGACGAGCCUGUGUCGGUGGAUCCAAAGCGUAAGAAGUCGGGCCAGUCAGCAUCAUCUGUGACUGCAUCGUCCAAACGCCGUCAAGUUCCUAGGGCCCCGAACUUUGAAGAUGACGAGUCAAGUGACGAUAGGCCUCUCGGAACACCAGCACAAUCACGCGGUCGUUCCCUUCCAUCAGCAGACCGUAACGUAACAUCAUCUUGCCCAGCUAUGUCUAACACUAAGCCUCGUCACGGUACUAAGUCCACUGCUCGCAUCCAAGCAGCCAGCAAGGCGAAGACCUUGCCGCCGAGCCAUGGGCAUGAAGACGCUGACGCUGACGGGUUCAGUCCGGCGUCGUCUGAUUCUGACAAGCAAUCAGAUGAACACUCCUCUGAGUUGUCGUCCAAUGACGAGGAUCUGGAAGUCAUCAAUAACAAUCCCAACAAGUUAAAGAAGACAAUGGAACUUGAGGCUUUCGAGCAACCCGACGAGGGUGCCGUGCGUGCGGCGCUGGUCGACUGCGAUGUUGUGAAUCGUCUACCCAUGGACUCGAGGUUGUCGGGCAGCUGGCGAAAGUCGGACAGGAUCAACGACUCGCGCUGUACCAAUGUCUCGGACCACGCGAUCGUAGGGUAG